CCGCGGGCGGCGGCUCCUGCCGGGGCAGCCAUGGGGGAGGCGGCGGGGGGCAGCGCGGUGCCGCCGCCGGCGGAGGCUGCGGGCGGAGGGCAGCAGGUGAACGCCCUGACCGUGCUGGCCCUGCUGGAGAAGCUGGUGUCCAUGCUGGAGUCGGUGGAAGGGCAGCAGAGGCAGAUGGAGCAGAGGCAGCGGGGGCUGGAAGGGGCGGUGAAGGGCAUCCAGGGGGACCUGGGCAAGCUGUGCCGCAGCCACGGGGCUACGGGGGCAGCGGUGGAGAAGCUGCUGGAGAAGUCGCAGAAGGUGUGUGCGCACACCCGCGCCGUGCGCGAGCGGCUCGAAAGGCAAUGCGCGCAAGUACGGCGUUUGGAACAGCACCACGCGCAGCUCCUGCGCAGGGAGCGCUUCAAAGUGCUCAUCUUCCAGGAGGAAAAUGAGAUCCCUGCCAGCGUUUUUGCAAAAGAGCCCAUUCCCAGCAUCACAGAAGGAAAGGAAGAGCCCAUGGAUGAGAACAAAACACUGGAAGAAACCUUGCAUACGGUGGAAUUGUCUUCGGAGGAUGACAUACAUCUUGAAGAUGAUGCGGGUGACAGCGCAGACGAGAAAGCAGAAGAGUCCAGAGCUGAGAAAAUUAAAAGGACCGGCCUGAAGAAGGUGGACAGCCUCAAGAAAGCGUUCUCCCGCCAAAACAUCGAGAAAAAGAUGAACAAGAUCAGCACAAAGAUCGUUUCACCUGAACGGAGAGAGAAGAUUAAGAAAUCCCUUACAGCGCACCAUCAGAAAUCCUCCUCUUCCAAGAGUUCGCCUUUCAAAGUUCCACUCACGUUCAACGUGAAGAAAUCCCGUGAAGGAGAAAGCCCCGCUGAAGCUGAAGACAGACCAGCAGAUACAGCGAGCACUGACCAGGCCGAGAAUGAGGAGGAGAUGUCUUUUGCCGACAUGCACUCAGAGAUGACCCCCACCACGUCUCUGGCUGAGGAGAGCAAAGCGGUCAUUGAUUCUUUGGAGAAAGAAGCCAGGGUGGAAGCUGCUGCUGCAACAAACAACAGCAUUGAGCUGUCCAUCGUUGAGGAUGAUGAAGAGUACGGGAUGCCUCUCGAAGACUCCGAACAGAAACUGUAUGAUGAAAAGAGCAAACCAGUCAGUGGGGAAAUGGAAGAAUCUGAUGAAGAAACAACCCGAGCAGCUGUUCUGCAGAUAGACCAAACGGCCUAAGUCAUCAGAGCCGUCCUUCAGCUUCCACGUGCCCGCGGUUUUGCCUAGGUGAAAGACUGGUUUCUGCUACACGUGUGGUAGUGGUGUUUAAGUUUCUUCCGGCCUUCUCUCUGCAAUGAUAAUUUACCACACUGUAUUGGAACGCAGAGGGAACGCAGCCAACAACUCGGGCUGGAGCGCACUCCAAUUUUUAGGCCAGUCCUCUGGUAUUCAUUAACGUAGAGAUAUUGUCAGCUGGCAUAAGAGACUAACAAGAAAAAAGUAUAUGUCUGGCAGGAGAAAGCUGCUCGGCUGGCUUUCUUCUAGGUAGGUCAGAGAAAUGCAGGGAGAGUAAUCAAAGCCCUGUUAUACUUCUGUUUGCCUCUCUCAGAAUAUUUAGCACUCUGAGUAAUUUGGUAUGUAAGUUUGGAAAUACCAAUGAGAGCCCUUGAGCGUGGUUUCUUUGCUAUGCUUCGUGAAUGUUGGCGGGCUCUGCAGCUGCAUGCUCGCACAGCUGGUGUGGAGCUUUGCUCCCUGACUUUGCAAGGCCAGAAGAGCAGAGUACAUAGCAAAACCGAAAUGUCUGCUCCAUCAGCCUCUACGGGCUCAGGUAUUUUGUCAUGAGUUUCUCGCUUAGAAGAAACAACCAUUUUUAUGUGGAAAUGAAAAGAUGUAUUUCAACCUACCCAAGUUACUGAAACACAUUAGUGACAGGCGUGAAUGUGUAAUCGGCUGCUGUACCUUUAAUGGUUGGUAAUAGCUAAAAGAAGAAGAGAGAGUUUGAUGGAAACAAUAGAAACACAGAGAUAGUCUGAAGUAUGAAAUGCUAUGAAAUGUUAAAACAAAAGGGGAGGGGGCGGGGAGAAAAAAUAAAAGCCCGCUAUAUCACAUCUAUACUUCCAGCUUAAGGAAUAUAUACACUGAUUAAUUAAUUCUUAAUCCUUGUAACAAUAUGCUAUUAAACUUUGCACCUGCACAACUUUGUAUCUCAGAGUAUUUUGGAAAUAGUAUAAUUUUUCUUCCUACAGAUUAUUUCAUAUAUAGAGUUAUAUCUACACAAAACAGAUAUUUACAGGGAUGUAAGGGCAACGCUUCAAAAAGGUGAAAACGCUUUUUUAGGCACGUCUCGAGGGAAAACCGUGUUAGGGACCGAAUAGGAGGACAGGCAUGAGUUUACAUAAGAAUGAGUCUGCAAAGGCAUGAGGUUUUUAUUCUCUGCUAAUAACACAGCUCAGGAUCACCUCCGUGCUCUCAAAAUCGGAUACCUAGUUGUUUCAAAAUCUGUGGACAGCAAGUGUCUCCAUAGCAGCCCAUUCUCUGUAAACGUUCAUUUCUGUCACUUUGCAAAGGUAAAGGUGUGGUGAAGACAGGGAAGCACGGCACCCACAACAGCCGCCUUACAUCCUUGUUUGUUUAUGCAGUGGGUUAUCUUUUUAUAUAUAUACAAACGUGAUUCUACCGACGCUUAAUGUUGCACUAAAAAAGGUUGCUUCCUUCAACUUGUACUUAGAAUCACUAGUUAUGGGGGAAAUAAAAACUACAGCAAAAAUGCCAUUUUGACAUGUUUAGCAGAUACUGUUCCAUGGGGGUGGCAUCUGCGACCGGUAAAUCACACUGGAAAUCAGUCGGUAAGAGCUUACUGCAGGCAAGUACCGUUAGAAAUUAAGCUCUGAAGUAUACAGCAUCAUAGAGGAGAUACUGUUUGCAAUAAGUAUUGUGGCUUCAUUUGUAUUUUGUAUUAACUACAGUGGAUUUUCAAUGUUUUUACUUGUAACUAACAAUAAAAUGACAAAUAAAAGCAUAAAUUGAAA